ACCGGAGAGAGCGGUUCCAGAUGUGGCCGCAAAUUCCAGAAACUCAUUCUCCACACACAAAAACGUUGGAUUCAACAAGCAAAAUACUUACCCUCGCCCCCCUGUCUACAGUUGCCUUUGGCUUUGGUCAUACUCGGUAGAACAAUUCAGUGGUUGUUAAACACUGAAAUUAUCCUCAUCCAAUGCGUUAUUAAGCCUGCUUGCGUAUCUGAGCGAGUUAUAUAAACACUUGUAAACUCGUUAAACCAGCCUGUUCACACUGUACCAUCUACUAACGUAUCGACGAUGUGCGCGGGCAAAGUACAGAGGAAACCGUUGCGGCUUAUCGCCGCAGCAUGCAACAACAUGGGAAUAGGAAAAGAUGGACACUUGCCAUGGGAUUUACCGACCGAAUUCAAAUUCUUUUUGGAAACCACAACAAAAGUCUCCCUACCAGGAAAAUGUAACAUGAUGGUGUGGGGCAGGGGCUGCUGGUUCUCCAACCCAGACAGUCUGUUCUCUAUGCUGCCCAAUGUCCUCCAUGUGGUCCUGAGUACCACCCUGAGUACUCUCCCGGAGCAUGCCCACUUCCUGUGUGAAGAUUUCGACAGCAUGAUCAGCUUAGCCUUGCUGCAACCCCUAUGUGACCUGGUGGAGACCAUCUGGGUUGUGGGUGGUCCACGGGUCUAUCAGGAGGCUCUGAUGCAUCCCUGGUGUGAACUCGUCUUCCUCACUGACAUCAUGGCUGACUUCGACUGUGACGUCUUCUUUCCGCAGUUUGACCGAAGCGUUUUUAAAAAACAACAGAGGUUUCCUGGAGUACCAAAUGAGAUUCAGGAGGAGAAUGGGGUUACAUUUAAGUAUGAAGUUUUCAAGAGGGAGAUCUGUAGCGCUGAGGACCAAACCAAUAUGGCUCUGUCUGAGUCUGGGAUGACUCAAAACAACAUGGGCACUAAGGAUGUGGGGGUUGUUCCUGAUAGUGCCUACGUAACAGAGGGCGAUAUUUAUGUCUGAAGAUUUCAUAACAUAUUGCGAUUUACAGCAUGAAAUCGCCAACCAAAGGCUGGAAAUCAGCCUUGAAUGGUUUUACAUGUAUAAUUAUGAUUCUAUCAAAAUAGUAUAAGAGUGCUUAAUAUGAGCCAGGAAAUACAUAUUUUAUUCCAGAUAAACAAAAAAUGUCUUGCUUAUUCUGAAUGAUGUUUCUUGAAAGGUGUAGGAGAGCUGUUAUUAAAUGUAUUGCAAAUGUUUACAAUGGAGGAAUCUCUGCAAUGUAGUGAUAUACGUUGUAAUGAUACUUACAUACAGUUCCUUUGGGGAAAACAUGCAUCUUCUAUUGUAAAUUCUUCAACUUGGCAUGAUAUUAUAUUUGUCAUCAUGGCUAAUUGAAUCACUUGUCAAUCAGUAAAUAUUCAUACAACUCCAUCUUUCAGUACACAAUGUUGGAGUAAAUGAUCCACUAGAUGGAGACAUAAGACAAGACAUAGAGAACAAAGUGCCCUCUGAAACCAAUUUCUUUCCCUUUCUACAAAAAUAAAAACAUGAUCGAAUGUCAUGGAUGUGGGUGAA